GUCACAUUCCCUCCCACCUUCGAACACGUUCGACCUAAUCACCGUGCUCGCUUCAUCUCCUGCACGCCCCGCACCCUGACUCCAUGAAUCUGAGCAUCUAGGUUAUCACAGGACGAGGAUUCUUCGAGAUGUCCAUUCGCUGUGGCCGAUAAUACUUACGCCUUCCUCUGUCCCCGUCGUGGACAGUCCUGACCAUACCACCACGACAAGAAAAGCCUUGCUUGCACCCACACCACUCAACAAUGUCAUCGCUAGACAUUGGGGAUCUCAAUCCCUCACAACAAGAAGCCCUCCAGACCUAUACCGCAGUCACAGACCAAGACCCUGUGGCUGCAAUCCCGAUUCUUCAGAGAGCAGAAUGGAAUGUUCAGAUCGCCAUAGCUCGCUUCUUUGAUGGAGAGCCCACCACAGAUCCUGUUGCGGAAGCACGUGCUGCCCUUCCCGCGACCACUUCACGAGGGACUGCAAAUCUACAGUACGAAGAGUUGCUCGCCGCCAGUCGGCCCUCUCUCCCUCGUCCAGACCCCGACAAUGUGGUUGGCAGAGUUGAUACGACUGCGGGCACCACUACACAUUAUCGCCCGAACUUCAUUUUCUCUCUCCUCUUUACACCUGUCAACAUCAUCUACCGGAUCUUUAGCGCCAUCUUUUCCCCUUUCGCCUUCCUAAUACCUGCUUCGGUUUCACGCAUCUUCGCCCGCCUGCUUCAACAGCAGCAGCUCCAGUCCAGGCCCACACGGCGGAGUUUACCACCCGGCGAGAGCACAGCAAGAUUCGUCAGAGAAUUUGGUGAAGAAUAUGGAGACGAGAAUACAGCGCCGCUGCCAUUUGUAGAGACGGGUUUCAAUUUGACUCUGGAUAAUGCGAAGCGAGAUCUCAAAUUCAUGUUGGUCGUGCUUCUAUCUCCCAGCCACGAAGAAACCCACAACUGGGUUCGAGAGACAUUGCUGUCCAACCAGUUUCGUACUUUUUUGGCAACACAUCAAGAUGAAAUGACUCUGUGGGGAGGAAAUGUUCAAGAUUCCGAAGCAUAUCAGGUUUCUAGCAGCCUUCAAUGCACCAAGUUCCCAUUUGCCGCUCUCAUUUGUCAAACAACUGAAUCUGGAUCUUCCAACAUGACUGUGGUGUCGCGAGCCACUGGGCCCAUGUCGGCGUCGGAAUUGGUGGCCAAACUCGGCGCCGCCAUGACCUCUCACCAGGCUCAACUCUCUGCGGCCCGGGCUCAACGAGCAGAGCAGCAAGCAUCACGUAAUUUACGCCAGGAGCAGGAUUCAGCGUACGAGAGAUCAUUGGCACAAGACCGAGAACGAGCCCGCCAGAGGCGAGAGCAACAAGAAGCUGCCGAGCGUGCCGAGCGACAAGCACGAGAGCAGGCGGAGCUUUUGGCCAAAAAGCAAAGAGACAUUGCUCAGUGGAAGCGAUGGCGGGCGCAAUCACUUCCUGACGAGCCCCCGGCAGAGGUCAAGGAUGUUGUCCGUGUCAGCAUCCGCAUGCAUUCAGGGGAACGGGUCAUUCGCAAGUUCAGAUCUGAAACGGAUAUGGAAGAGCUGUACGCUUUUGUCGAGUGUUACGAGAUUCUCGAGUCGGAUGACGCCACGGGGGAGAAAGACGUAGAAGAGCCUGCAGGCUAUACCCAUGAAUAUGGGUUCAGACUAGUGUCUCCCAUGCCGAGGACAGUCUUUGAGCUGGCCGGGGGUGGCUCCGUUGGCGAAAGAAUAGGUAAAAGUGCCAACCUCAUCGUCGAGCCCAUCUCUGAUGACAAUGACGAGUCCGACGAAGAUUGAGGUUUCAAGUGCAGGCAGAUAUUGGAUCCCUAGCGCGCAAAUAAUAAAUGGGCUG